GUUAGGGUAAAGUCAGCAACCCUUCUUACUGAUUCUCGCUGCUUGGGAAGGCCAGAACCGAAACUUUAAAGGGAAAGGAGCAAAAGGGUCCAAGGGGACCCAGGAGAGAAGAUCUGCAGGAUCUCUCCCCUUUCCUCUCCCCUCCUGACACCGGCAGCGCGUUUGGCACGGAAGGGGCCAGGAUUCUUAGGCUGAGCGCAGGGCUGGGGCGGGCCAUUAGGGACCCGGCGCUGUGGAGUGAGCAUGGCUGGGCGGUGCGCCCUGGUUCUUGCGUACCUGUUUCUCUCUGGGACCCUGCUGUCAGAGGCGGCCAAAAUCCUGACCAUAUCCACGGUGGGUGGAAGCCACUACCUGUUGAUGGACCGGGUAUCUCAGAUUCUUCAAGAUCAUGGUCAUAAUGUUACCAUGUUUCACCAGGGAGUAAACACUUUAAUAUCAGGUUUCAAAGAAGAAGAGAAGUCAUACAAAUUUAUUAAGUGGAUUCCACCUGAAGAUUUUCAGAAAGAAUUUAACAAGUAUUUUGAUUUCUUUUUGGAGGAAGCUUUGGCUAGAAGAGGAACUUUUGAAAAGUUCUUAAAAUCCGUUGAACUACUAGGGUUUCAAUGCAGCCAUUUGUUACACAGAAAGGAUAUCCUGGAUUCCUUAAGGAAUGAGAACUUUGACUUGCUGGUAGUGGAAACUUUUGACUACUGCCCCUUUCUGAUUGCUGAGAAACUUGAGAAACCAUUCGUGUCCCUUCUUCCCUCCUUACCUGCUUCUGUGGACAUUGGGCUUCCAAGCCCCAUAUCCUAUGUUCCAGUAUUCCAUUCUUUGCUGACUGACCGCAUGGACUUUUGGGGCCUAGUAAAGAACCUUCUUAUGUUUUUUUAUUACUCCACGAAGCAAAAGAAAAUACUCUCUCAGUAUGACUCCACCAUCCGGGAGCAUUUUGCAGAAGGCUUUCGGCCAGUCUUGUCUGAUCUUCUACAGAAAGCAGAGCUGUGGUUUAUCAACUCUGACUUUGCCUUGGAUUUUGCUCGUCCCUUACUGCCCAACACUGUCUAUGUUGGAGGCAUACUGGCCAAACCUGUUAAACCAAUACCACAAGACUUGGAGAAUUUCAUUGCCAAAUUUGGGGACUUUGGUUUUGUCCUUGUGGCUUUGGGCUCCCUGGUGAGCAGGUAUCAGACCCAGGAAGACCUUAAGGAGAUGAAUAAUGCCUUUGCCCACUUCCCUCAGGGGGUUAUAUGGAAUUGUAAGGGUUCUCUUUGGCCUAAAGAUAUCAAAUUGGCUGCCAAUGUGAAAAUUGUGGACUGGCUUCCUCAGAAUGACCUCCUGGCUCAUCCUAGUAUUCGUCUUUUUGUCACACAUGGUGGGAUAAACAGCAUAAUGGAAACCAUCCAGCAUGGUGUACCCAUGGUGGGAAUUCCUGUCUUUGGAGACCAGCCUGAAAACAUGGUUAAUGUAGAAGCAAAAAACAUCGGGGUUUCUCUUCCAUUAAUGAAGCUCAAGGAGGACACACUGGCCCUUGCAAUGAAACAAGUCAUCGAAGACAAACGGUACAAGUCUGCAGCAAUGGCUGCCAGGGUCAUCAGGCACUCUCACCCCCUGACCCCUGCCCAGCGGCUGGUGGGCUGGAUUGACCACAUCCUUCAGACAGGAGGAGCAGCACACCUGAAGCCUUAUGCAUUUCAGCAGCCAUGGCAUGAGCAGUACCUGCUUGAUGUCAUCCUGUUCCUGCUGGGGCUCACUCUGGCCACCUUGUGGCUUUGUGGGAAAGUGCUGGGCUUGGUGACCAGGUGGCUGAGUAGGGACAGGAAGGUGAAGAAGACAUGACACAAGUGAUGCCUAGGGUUGGAGUGCUGGAGAGUCUAAUUCUCCAAAUGCCUUCCCACCCCAGUACAGCCAUCCAGGUCUUCUCCUUUCCUCCUCUGCUCAUGGCACUUCAGCUGGACCCUCACUGUUUUCUACCUGUGCUUAGAAAUCCUGCACACCAUUCAUGUGCUUCUUGAAUCAUUCUUGGGACCUGGGUCUCAGACACACUUCUCCAGCCACCCCUGCCACUUCCUCACUCUGUUCUAGCACUUUAAAGUUUUAGGUGAAUUUUAUUAGAAUUUCAAGGAAAAUCUUCAGGGCAGGUGAGCUGGCAAUCUUGCUUGCUGCCUUGUGGAGGAGAAUGGAGGGGAGAAGAAAAGAAAGCCAUGAAGCCAUGAAGGUUUAGAGCCUCCAUGGAGGUCAGACACUGUCAGCUACGUGGUAGGGAGGAGGAAGAUUUAGAGAAAAAGUAAAGAAAUACAAGAUGCUAGGGCUUUUAAAGAAAGCAUGUUUAGAAAAUGGAUAUGAAGAAAAGGAGAGAUUACGCUUUUCUGAAUUCUUCAGAAGAGAAUUCUACAGAGACCUACAUGUCUGUGGCUGGGUCCAGACUGAGCGCUGCACUAGGAGGCUGGAUUCCAGGCAGGAAAAGUUCACUAUCUCAUUAAUGCACUAGAUAGUCCACCCAUCUAUUUAGCAUGACUUAAGGUGAACCUGCCUUCCCAGGGGGUGGUCCUAUGACCAGGUGAUUGUCCAGCAAAACUGGAAAGGUGAGUCUUCCAAUAGAGAGACUACAAAUUUUACAGUCUUAUCCAGUUCAUCUUAUGGGGCUAUUUACUACUCUCACAUUCUCCCCUCUGAACAGGGAAACCCUAAAAUAUUUUAGGGAUUAGAUAAGACCUCCCAAAUACUUUUGGCAUUUCUGUUUGGCUUUUGGCACAGAGUAGGCUGCUAAGAGGCCCAAGGAUAUUUGGACUUUUAGCUAAGAAAGAAACUGUUUUUCUUUCUUUUCUUUUUUUUUAACCCUAAACUGAGUAGCCAAUUUCUAUCUCCUUUUCUUAUCACACCAUCCUCUGAAGAGGUUACCCUAAUUGCCAAUAGGAAAUCACGGUGCAGACUGCUCUGGCUUCUCCCACGCUGAAUAGAGGGCACAGGUUGUGGCAACUGGGGUAUCCCUUCAGUGGGUCUAUCUAAAAGACCCCUAAAUUGUUAACUGUUAGUUGUAGUGAGAAAAGAAAGUCCUUGACUGGUGCCUGGGAGAAGUAAAGGCAAGUGUAGUUAGCAUUAUAAAUUCUAGACAGGGACCCAAAAAAGUCAAAACAGUGUA